AUGGAUGAGCGCCCUCCUCUCCAAUGGGAAGAACGUUGUCCUACUCAACAACGUCCUGGGGUCCUAGAUCCGGUGCAAAAAGAGGGCUUCGGCUGGGGCAACCAACUCAGCACCUACAUCUUCCUUGUCAUUUCCUACCCCCUCCACAAUAUGAUCGUCGAGGACAUCUACACUGAUCGCCUUCUACACCCCCUCUCUGACACCUUGCCUUGCCUGGUGAUCCAGUACGCCGAUGACAUGUUGAUUCUACUACGCGCUGACAUCACCCAGGUUCAAUGGCUCAAGGCGCUGCUCGACACCUUUGUCACCACCACUGAACUACAAAAAAACUUCCAUAAGAGCAUAUAUGCGCCCAUCCACGUUCUGGAUGAGCAAUCGGUGGCCCUUUGUGGCGAUUCUUGGCUGCCAGAUAAUUUUGGCCUCCUUCUGUUGAACACCAAGAUCCUAUUGUCGAUGCUGGAUAAGCUCAUCGUCCAAGUGGAGUGUUGUAUCCUGGGAUGGAGCAUGGGGCUGCUCUCGUCAUCUAGCUGCUUGACAUUGACUGACACAAUGCUUCCCUCCAUGCUCGUGUACACCAUACCAGUGUUCCUCCUGCAGUGGUUUAAUUUUUAUCACUUGAACUCGCUAAAGCCAUAG